GCGGCGCUUUUGACGUCACUGCCGGCGGUGGAGCUGUCCGUCUGGCGGGCGGCGCGCGGGCGCAGGGCCUGGCCGGGCUAGUUGGCGUUCGCUCCCUCUCCUCGCCGUGCCGUGCCGAGAUGCCUGGGGGAAGCAGCGGGAGCCACCCUGGACACGGGCGGGCCGCGAGCCGCAAGCCGUCGCGGAGGAUGGGGCGGGCCCGGCGCGGGCGCCACGAGUCGGGCCUCGGGGGGGACGGGGAGAGGGGGGUGGGCGAUCCGCGGCUGGAAGAGGCGGUGAACCGCUGGGUGCUAAAGUUCUACUUCCACGAGGCGCUGCGGGCCUUUCGGGGCGGCCGGUACGGGGACUUCAGGCAGAUCCGGGACAUCAUGCAGGCUCUGCUUGUGCGGCCCUUGGGAAAGGAGCACACCAUCUCCCGACUGCUGCGGAUUAUGCAGUGUCUGUCACGUAUAGAAGAGGGGGAAAAUUUGGACUGUUCCUUUGAUAUGGAGGCUGAACUCACACCUCUGGAAUCCGCUAUCAAUGUGCUGGAGACCAUUAAAACGGAGUUUACUCUCACAGAGGCAGUGGUAGAAUCCAGUAGAAAACUGGUCAAGGAGGCUGCUGUCAUCAUUUGUAUCAAAAACAAAGAAUUUGAAAAAGCUGCAAGAAUUUUGAAAAAACAUAUGUCCAAGGACCCUACAACUCAGAAAUUGAGAAAUGAUCUGCUGGGUAUUAUCCGAGAAAGGAACAUUACACACCCAGUGAUUCAGAACUUUUCCUAUGAGACCUUCCAGCAGAAGAUGUUGCGAUUCCUAGAGAGCCAUAUGGAUGAUGCUGAGCCUUAUCUCCUCACGAUUGCAAAGAGGGCUUUGAAAUCGGAGUCAUCUUCAUCAUCUUCAUCAUCAUCAUCUUCUGCCUCCUCUGCCGCCGCCAUCGCUGCAGCCACUACCACUGUCACUACCACCACAGCUAACACAUCUGCUACAGCUGCCACGGCUCCGACUCCCACUGCCAGUACCACAGCUAAUGUUGUUGUUGCUACUGUGGGUGAAGGUCCCGAGAACAUAAAGGAAGACAAACAGACAGUCUUUGAGCCUAUGGAAAAGCCACUCAAGGAGCCCAUGAGACCGUUGCCUGAAGGUCCUUCCACAUUUGGGAUUUCAACUCUGAAAAGAGCUUUUAAGAGCCUUUCUGAUUCACAAGAUCCUGAAGCAGCUUUCACUAAAUUGGACCAGAAGGAUGUUACAGUUCCUAGUCCAGUGUCCUCAGCAGCCCUCAAAAACAAGAGACAGAGACAAGAUGAAAGUUCUCCCUCAGAGUCUGCAGAUAAUGCUGAACUGCAGCCCAAGAACAAGCGAAUGACAAUAAGCAGAUUGGUUCUGGAGCAUGACAGCCAAGGUAGUGAGCAGAGUGAUAGCCCAGACUCCUCCCAAGAGACCAUUGUGUCUUCAGCCUCCAACUCCACAGUCCUGAAGCUGCACAAUCAGCCCCUGUCUGGGGAGAAGAGUCACAAAGUUCAUAAAGACAAAUGGAACAGCUCCAAUGGUCUUGAAGAAAAAGAUACCUGGUUGGAGGAAGAAGAACUCUUUCACGUCCAGGGAUCAGAUGGAAAUAGUUCAGUCGCUGGAACAAAAAAGCAGAAGUGGACCGUGCAAGAGAGUGAGUGGAUCAAAGCUGGAGUGAAAAAAUAUGGGGAAGGAAACUGGGCUGCUAUUUCCAAAAAUUUCCCCUUUGUUAACCGAACAGCUGUGAUGAUCAAGGACCGUUGGCGGACCAUGAAAAAACUGGGAAUGAACUGAAAACUUUUAUUUUCUCAGAAUUAAUAGGGGCAUGUCUUCAAAUAAUAGCCCUCUAUUCCAUGCUUUCUUUCUGAAGUUGAGCUGGGGUGAUGAGAGUUGUGGGCAGCCUGUUUCUCUGGGGAGAUCCUUGUUCCAUUUUUGUGCUGUCAAAAAGCAUACAGAGUUAAGAGGGAGAAGGAGAACCCUGGCCCAGCUUUCUUGGCAGGAAUAACUAAGGUACCCAGUUUGGGAAGGACCAGGAGGCAGGCGGCUUCUGGCUGAACUGAAACCCCUCAUGGGUCAGUAGAAACGGCCCCACAGACAGAAUUGUGCUUGUCAGGAUGUCUCGCCCCCUUCCCGGGGCGAACAUCCUGAAGUCAGAAGCGAGUUAUGACUUUGAUGAAUUAGCCACAGACAGAAUUCUAGAGGAAGCCGAGGCGAGGAGCUGCCUCCAUCAGGAACCCAAGGGGUGGAGAGCUGCAUCUGGGUCACGGAAGAAGGAUGUUUUCACCUGUUGGGAUCCAUAUGGGCCCCUAACCUGCCAGGUUCCGGUUCUCAUCUUUUCUGGGCUGAGAGGCAGCUUUGAGCCUUGAUUCCCAUAUGGCUGAACUGGUGUGGGCUUGUUUUUUCUUUUGUAAAAUUGUGUGUUGUAGGUGAGCUUACUCUUUCCCCUUCUUCUCUGGACUCUGGAAGCUUUAAAGAAGCCUGAAUAUAGCCCUUAGUUCUGUUCCUAGUUUGUGAAAUGUUUGCAGCUGCUUGAUUCCCCGCGUUGUGCUUUUGAAGGCUGGUGUGUUGCUGAGCAGGAGCUCACCACUCCUUCUGGCUCUUUCCAUAUUGUUUUGUGCUUGCUGUCUCUCUCAGACACCCUUGAAGAAAGGCCAGAAGGUCUCUUUUUAGCCACAACUUUCAGUAAAAUGUUUUCUGUAACCUUUUUUUUUUUAAAAGAUGAAUACUAAUUAUUGUCCAUUA